AUGGGUGUUAUUCUCUUGCAAGAUUACCCUAAUGACCUUCUGAUCCUAGGAAAUAUGUGCCUCAACCAUUGUGAAUACGAAGCUGCUAUGACCUACUUCGAAGUGGCCUUGAAAAUUAUACACUCAGGUGAUGCAAACGACGCUCUCGGAAAAGCAAAACUCUAUCUCCUUGUGGGAACCACACACAAAUGUAAGGGUAACUUCGAGCAAGCGAAGAACUAUCAUACGCAUGCACUGGACAUUCAUCUGAAACAGCUUGGACCUGAGCAUAAAGCAAAGGAUUACCACGCACGUGCACUGGACAUUCGUGUGAAACAGCUCGGACCUAAGCAUAUAGAUGUCGCAGCUUCUUACAAUAACCUGGGUACUGUGUACAGAAAUCUAAGUGAUCUUCAGAAAGCAAAGCACAACCAUCUUGGAUCCGAGCAUGGAAAUGUCGCAUCUUCCUACAAUAACCUGGGUACUGUGUACAGUGAUCUAGUUGAUUUCCAGCAAGCAAAGUACUACCAUACACGUGCACUAGACAUUCGUCUGAAACAGCUCGGACCUGAGCAUGUAGAUGUCGCAGAUUCUUUCAAUAACCUGGGUACUCUAUACAGAAAUGUAAGUGAUUUCCAGCAAGCAAUGGACUACCAUGUACUUGCACUGGACAUUUGCCUAAAACAGCUCGGACGUAAUCAUCUUAAAGUUGGAGAAACUUAUGAAAAUAUUGGUGACGCACACAAUGAUCAGGGUCACGAUGAGGAGGCGAAAAGGAACUAUGAUCAUGCUUUGGCGAUUUGUGUUCGAAACCUUGGCUCUGGACACGUUAAAGUUAGAAUUAUUCAGAAUAAGCUGGCUCAAUUAUAG